CGCUGCUUGUACACGUAGCCUAGUAGGAUGUGUUCAUUGAAGAUGGUGGCGGUGUGUCAGACUCACUGUCCUGGACAUUUCUACGCCUGACUUCAGUCUCUUCAGUGAUAUCUAUUGGAGUGACGUGGUCCUCGGACCUGUUAACCCUGCAGACAUGCAGCCUCCUCCUCGGACUGGACCUCCAGGAGCCUCUGGCCCUCCUCCUUCUGGGCCCAAUAUGUUCCGCAGGACCAGGCCUCAGAAGCAUACAGCAGCAGCGACUGCCACAAUGCCACCUGCUGCCCAACCCAUGACUGACCCUUUUGCUUUUGGUAGAGCUCCUCCCCCUACAGCUGCAGGUGGUCUCCCAACAAUACCUAACAGCAACCCUCCACCAAUGCAAAUCCCACCUAACACAAUGUACUCUCAACCUGGUUCAGGGCUGCCUCCACAACCAAUUGCAAUGGAGGAAGUCCCAGCUGCUCCUCCUGGUCUCCCACCAUCCUCUCUUCCAGGAGUGCCCCUGUUCAAUCCUCACAGUACAGCAUCUGCUGGCGUUUUCCCCGCACCAGGUCCCACAGGUUAUGCAUCCUCACAUACUGAACAGGGCUAUUUUAAUUCGAGAGAACAGACACCAUCCAUGCCCACAGAAUCACCACCUAUGGCUGUUGCUCCAGCACCUCGUCAGACACCUUUUAACCAAGAAUUUCAGGGACAGCCUGCGCCUCUGACUGUGCCCUUCCAGCCACUGCCUCCCACCUCUUCCCCUUCCCAGUGGGCCCCUGAUCACGGAAGUCGCCCCCCAUCUGUUCAGAACUAUUUUCAGCCUACUAGCGACCCACAACCUUUUAAUAUACCUCCACAGACUCAGAUGUACCCCUCCCAUAGCCCAUCACCCCAUCACAACACCUCUGCUCCCCCAACCCAGCCUGGACAUCUCCAGAACCAGGCUCCUGUUCCUCCUCAAAACCCAGUGAAUUCAUCUAGUGCUCAAUGGCCAGACCCAAAUGGACCCCAGCAGCAUAAUUCCCAUUUCCAAACUCAGAAUUAUUUCAGUCAGAGCUCUGCCCCCCAAGACUCAUGGUUUAACCAACCUCCACAGGACUCAGGCUAUCACCAAAUGGGGACUGGCCUGGGCCAUCCACAGCUUUUGCCUGACUCUGCUGGAUCUCAGCCUGUUUCCAAUACAGGACCUGCACCCAGUUCUGCCCCUGCCCCAGUUCCAUACUCCCAGGAGUCUGGUACACUCUCAAUGUUCUUUAAAGACAAUGAUGUGGAAAAUGAGGAAAUACUUGCAGGAGAGAGAAACAAGGCAGUGAAUGGCAUUGCUGGAUCAUUUCAGCAUCACAGCAGCCCACAAGCCCACGGUGGCCAUGGAGACGUUUCUUUGGAUUACCAAGGAGCUUCUGUUCAAGAUCAUUCACACUUGCCUUACAUGAAUGAUGGCAAUCAUCCACCACAGGGAAACACGCAAAAGCCACCUGAAUCCCAGUUCGAUCAUGUGGAGAAUUUGGAAUGUGUCCCAAACCAGGAAGUAUUGCCCAGUGAAACUCAUGGCAGUCCUGUUGCUGCGGCACCUCAUGGAGUAGACCAGUUUGAAACUGGGCCGAACCUGGAGACUCCAGAUUCAAUUCCAAGACCAAUGAGAUCUGCCAGUGUGUCAUCCAAUUAUAGCAAUAUGAGCCAUGGCAGUGGAACUAGCUCUCGUCGGCACCAGGGAGUUGUGGGUACCUUUAUUCAACAGGAAAGCCCACGUCUCACUGAUGAUGUUAGCCUGUCAGCCGCCACUGGAGGCUACUUUGAACAGAUUGACAGUUCUCCUGCUGGAGAUAUGGGUGUGCAGCAGAGCUCCUUGGAGCAGAUGUGGCCUCCUACACCUAGUCCUCCUAAACCAACCGGUAUUUUUCAAGCUAGUGCUAAUAGCUCUUUUGAACCUGUGCGCUCACAUUCGGUUGGGGUGCGUCCUGCUGAGAUUGAUAGGGCUAAAAUGGUAGCAGAAGGUGGUGCAGAUUGUACACCAGGCAACAUGGAGCAACCACCAGAUAACAUGGAAAAUAUUUAUGGCCCAGGACACCCCCUGCCUGCCGGGGCUGGAGGUGGCGUACCUCAUGUGACACACCCAGUGGUUCAUUCUCACUCUCGGCCUUCAUCCCGUGCUUUUGGGGCCAGUCGGCCCUGUGAGAGUCCUGCUACUACCCUGUGGGCUCAGAAUGACCCCACGAGUUUGGCCGCUAAUAUCCUCCUCGCCCCUGCUGCACCAACAGUUCUUGCCCCUUUACGAGAACCCAGUGCUGAUGUCAUCCAGCCUCCAGAGGAUUGCCCGCUGGACCUGCAGGCCUCCCAGAGAAUUCAGCAAACUUCUCAGCAACACUCGGAGAACCUAGAGAACCCACCAAAGGUCACCAAAGAUGCUCAGCAGGGGGUAAGAGUGGAAGGGAAUGCCUCUGUGCAGACCCCAGCUCCUACAUCUGCCCCACAGGUACCACCGGCACUCUCUCAAGCAGCUGCAACCACCCAGCAGCCCCCAAGUGAGUCUCCUAAGACGUCAGAUUCUCAGGCUGCACAGCAGGAACAGAAAGACACUCCUCCUGUUCCUGUGAGUGGAGCACAACCUUCCCAUGGCCAGUAUGCAGCUCCAGUGCAGGGGCCUGCUGCAGGAAGUGCUGCUCCUCCUCCUCCUCCCGCCACAGCAUACCCUCCUGGGCCUCGAGGACCUGUACCUCCAGGUCCAGGGGCUUCCCAGCCAGCUCCUGCAGAGCCACCUCGACCACCCUCCUCUGCAGGAAGCCAUCAAAGCUAUGGGCCUCCUCCUCCUCCAGGUCCAGGGCAGAUAUAUGGUGGCUAUUAUGGUAACUAUGGAGAAUACCCAGAUAGCAGAGCACCAUAUCCUCCUGGUCCGUACCCACCUCCACCUGGGGAUCCUAGGGCACAGCCAUAUUAUCAAGAUGGUUCAUACAGGGGCAGAGGAGAUCAGUGGUAUGGUAGAUAUGAGGGCCAGGCCCCAGGUUAUCGCGAUCCAAACUACCAGUACCAUGAGUCUCAGCCAGAGCGACCCAGCUCCAGGGCCAGUCAGUAUUCUGACAGACCCUCAUCCAGGCAAGGCUAUCCUGAGGAUUACCACAGAGCAAACCGAAGUGCCUAUAGUGAAUAUUAUGCAGAUUAUCCCAAGCACUAUGAUUAUAGAGGAUACAACUAUGGACCAUAUGACCCACGAUAUAGAGCAUAUUAUGAUCAGCCCUACUGGUCUAACUACGAUGACACCUACAGAGCCAGAGACAGCUACUAUAAUCAGUCUAUGUAUCCUGCCAGGAAAGAUGGCUAUGAAGACCAGUGGCGCUACUAUCCUGGUUACGAUACCAGUUUUGAUGAUGAGUACCGUCGUCGCGGAGAAAUGUACGGCGAUGACUUUGACCGACGCAGCGUCCACAGCGAGCAGUCAGCACACAGCGCACACAGCUCCCACAGUCACCACAGCAGACGCAGCAGCUUCAGCUCACGAUCACAGCAGAGCCAGGUAUACAGGAGCCAACCUGACUUAGUAUCAGCAGUUUAUGACACCACAUCGUCCACUCUAGCUGUGGACUACUCCUAUGUGCAGUACCCGAACCAGACUGAUGCCUCCCAGAACUACAGCAGUCAGUACCUCUAUCCUUCUGAGUACCCUACAGAAACCACCUGGAUUGCUCCAGAGCAACCUCCCCCUCGUCCUGCAACCCCAGAGAAGUUCACUAUACCCCACCGCUGUGCCCGCUUCGGACCAGGUGGUCAUCUGGUACAGGUGCUGCCAAAUCUCCCCUCAGCUGGACAGCCUGCUCUAGUUGACAUCCACAACAUAGAGACCAUGCUACAGGAUACAGCAGAUCAGGCUGAACUUCGAUCGUUCCCAGGACCCCUUGUCAAGGAGGAGACACAUAAGGUAGACGUGAUAAAGUUUUCCCAGAACAAAGCAGUGGAGUGUUCCCGUGAUAACAACCUCCUGGACAGAGACUCUGCUCGCCUGCUUUGGGACUUCAUUAUGCUGCUGUGUAGACAGAAUGGGACUGUCGUCGGCACAGACAUCGCUGACCUCUUGCUGAAGGAGCAUCGCUCAGUCUGGCUUCCGGGAAAGAGUCCUAAUGAAGCCAACUUGAUUGAUUUUAACAAUGAGCCUCUGGCACGAGCUGAGGAAGAGCCUGGAGCUGGACCACUAUCCCUUCUUUCAGACACUUUCAUGACUGUGCCAGAGAAUGUUGGCAAGGAAACCGAACGUUUCAGGGAGCUGCUGCUUUUUGGCCGCAAAAAGGAUGCACUAGAAGCAGCCAUGAAGGGAGGUCUCUGGGGUCAUGCCUUGCUGUUGGCCAGUAAAAUGGACAACAGGACACAUGCACGUGUCAUGACAAGGUUUGCCAACAGUUUGCCGAUCAAUGAUCCUCUCCAGACAGUGUACCAGCUGAUGUCGGGGAGGAUGCCUGCAUCAGCCACUUGCUGCGGAGAGGAAAAGUGGGGUGACUGGCGCCCUCAUCUGGCCAUGGUGCUGUCUAACCUCACACAUACCCUGGACUUGGAUACUCGCACAAUCACCACCAUGGGGGACACUCUUGUUUCUAAAGGGCUGAAUGACGCUGCACAUUUCUGCUACUUGAUGGCCCAAGUUGGUCUUGGAGUUUUCACAAAGAAGAGCACCAAGAUGGUUUUGAUUGGAUCCAACCACAGUUUGCCCUUUUACCAAUUUGCAACCAAUGAAGCAAUCCAGAGGACUGAGGCCUAUGAGUAUGCUCAGUCUCUGGGCUCCCAGCCCUGUUCACUGCCCAAUUUCCAGGUGUACAAGUUGAUCUAUGCAUGCCGUUUGGCUGAAGCUGGCCUCAGUGCUCAGGCCUUCCACUACUGUGAAGUUAUCUCAAGGACUGUCCUCAUGCAGCCUGCAUACUACUCUCCUGUUUUCAUCAGCCAGAUCAUACAAAUGUCUGAAAAGCUGCGGUUCUUUGAUCCACAACUGAAGGAGAAACCGGAGCAGGAGUUGUUCAUUGAGCCUGAAUGGUUGAUUCACCUCAGACAGCUGGAUGGACAGCUCAAGACUGGCGUGAUUACAUACAGCGCCGACAGAGAGACUCCCACACAGUUCGACUGCAGCAGUCCCAGCUCUGACUUGGACGAGCCCAGUCCACCUGAACCUUACAGUAUGCCGCUGGAGACAAACGGUCCAGCCCCUGACAACCCACUCAUGAGCUCAUUACUGCCUGGAUCUCAACCACAGGGAGUACAGUUGAUGCCUCCAGCUCCCACCUCCAUCCUCCAAGAUGGGAUGGCCCCUCCUCAGCUCUUACCCCCCAGUGAUGGGCCCCAGUUCUACCCAGUACACCCUAGUGGACCGCCAGGGCAGAUCCCCAUCUCAGGCUACCCUCCGCAGGAUCCUGGCUUUGCCCCUCCUCCUUUCCAGCCUCAACCUGAGCAGCUGGAAAUGUAUCCAGGAGCCCAUCAGCAGCCGUGUCCCCCUCCACAAAUGGGCCACAUGUCACCGCACAUGCCCCCUCAGAUGCCGCAUUCACCUGUGCAGAUGAACCACCCGCCCCCGCAGAUGCCUCCACACAUGCCCCCCUCUCCCGGGCAUAUGCCGCCUGUAGAGCAGCGGGCUCUGCCAGAGAUGCCGGCUGGUCAACCGAUAUCAUCCUCCCCUUCCAGAGGCUCUCUCACACCUCAGAAGGACUUCUAUGACCAAAUGGCUCAAAUGGGUCCUGGCAGAUCACGGGCUGCUUCACAAUCUUCAAUGUAUAUGCCAUCAGGGCGGCGCUCUCGCACAACUUCCGAGUCCUCCAGUCACUCAAUUGGAAGAGAACGGAGCAACUCGGCUGUGAAGCAGGUGUCUCCACCUCCACCCUCCAUUCCCGAGCAGCCCCGUAAAGAAGAGGCCAAGAAAGUCAAGAAAGACUCACCAAAAAAGGGCGGUGGUGGUGUUGGCUGGCUGGGCUGGAUCAUGAGGGGGAGGAAGAAUGAGGCUCACUUGCCAGAUGACAAAAACAAAUCUAUUGUGUGGGAUGAAAAGAAGCAGAGAUGGGUUGACUUGAAUGAGCCUGAAGAGGAGAGUAAGCCGCCUCCACCGCCUCCCUCUGGUUUCCCUAAGAUGGCUCCGAUGCCUGGACCUGGAGGGCCCCCUGCACCCCCAACUAGUGGCCCUUCAGUCAACAUGUUCUCCAGGAAAGCAGGCACUAAGAGCAGAUACGUGGAUGUUUUGAACCCCAGUAGAACUGCUAAACCGGGAGGAAUGGCCCCAGCGCCUGCAGACAUCUUUGCUCCUUUGGCACCGAUGCCAAUGCCUGCUAACCUAUUUGUGCCUAGUUCAGCUCCUGACGAUCAACAACCUCUGGAGGGCAGUGAAGGAGGAAAUCGAGAGCAGAGUUCACCAAAUGCCAGCGCUGCUCCACAGAUGUUCAACCCAACAUUGUUGCCGCCUGCCCCAGAAGGUCCUCCUGUGCCUGAUGGCUCACAGUCUGGAGAGCUCUCACGUUCUAGCUCAAUGAGUUCUUUAUCACGCGAAGUGAGUCAGCAUUUAAACCAGAGUCAUCCUGCCCCGGGAACUGCACCCACCGGAGGCGUCACCUUUUAUAACCCCGCACAGUUUGCACAGACGAGUGCACCGUCAGGAGGUGGACUACGCUCUGGCCGAUUGGGCGGUCAGCGCCAGUACCCAGUGUUGAAGUAAACGUCAUCUCACAGAGAGAUUGUGUGAACAGACUUGUUGGAUAGAACUACUUGGAAGUAAAUGAAGCACAUGGACAUUCUGCUCUCUGUCUUAAGGACCCUGCUUUUUGCCUGCACCUAAGAAGAGCAUAAUCACAGUCUCUGUCAUGUCGCUCCUCGUCCAACAGCUUAACCACUUGUCUUUUUCCUUAGCUCAGUUACUGUCGCUGUUUUUUUAACAGGCACGUUGUUUUCCUCGAAGGGCUUAUUACUGCAUCCAAACAGAAAAUCGUUCUAUGAUUAACACGUGUAAAGGCUUAUCUGUGGAUGCAUCCAUACACAAACUGUAUGUCCACGUAGGCAUAAUUUAGUGUACAAUAAAUAUGUUGCUCCUGUACAGCUGCCCAGAUUCUCCUCAAAUACGACUGUCAACAGAACAAUUAUCCCAUGUCCUGUUUUAGAUUUCCCUUUCUGUCCAAAGGUGUGUGAUUGAUGGUAUGAGUGGCGGGUAGAAAGAAAGUGGCACCUUUUUAAUUUUAGAACAUGGACUUGUACGCGCAGCUCUUCGGUGUUCUUCUGUCAGCUGGAGAAAACACUUUGUUUGAGAAUGAACUGUCAGUAGUGCUUUGUCUGCCGUGUCGUUUGCCUUUCCUCAGUUGCCCGCCAGUAAAGGAAGCAUGUUGGAUGACACAGUGUUGGGAUGCUGCUCGUUUCAGAUAUUUAUUUAAAUGUCCUCCUGCCCAUCAGUUCUUCACUUUUAAAGAUGUGUUCAGGGUCUUUCGUCCAAGUUGAGCUCGAGUUUCUCUACCGAGGAAAUUUCAAAAUCAUCGAAUUGAGGGUUGGUGUUCAGAGCAGCAGGAACCAGGAUUAAAACCGCGUUUUAAGUGUCGCUAGAAAUGAAUCUAUCCAAAUAUUUGUAUAUCAGAUUGAUUGUAUUUAUGAGCUGGAGGCAUAAUGGUGUGUGUGUGCGUGCGUGUGUGUGGAGAGCAACUAAUUUUUUUCUGAUAAGCUUUGACAAAAUGCAUUUAUGAUUGAGAUGACAAGAUUCAUAUUCUGAUCAUUUGUAUUGGCCGUUUCUGCAGACAAAUAAAUCUUUAUCGAAAUUGUGACCUGAGAGCUAAUUGUACUCUAAACAUUUCUUGUCAUUUUAAUUUACUGAUGUGAUUUUUUUUUUUUUUUAAUUCAGUCAUUUGUCAUCCUAAAUGUUUCUGAAUCAAUGAUUUUGUAGACAUCACUAUGAUUUUAAAAGUUCCCCAUUUGUUUCAGAGAAGCCGUUGUUUUCCCCAGUGUCAUAGAAUUCCUCAUGUAAAAUUCCUGACAGAACAGCGUGAAUACAAAAGGUUCAAAGAAAUGGUAAUAAAGGUAUUUUUGCGCUCUGUAGCACUUUGAAA